AUGCACAUGCGUCCUUUUCUCGCAGGACGACUAAGUCUGACACCCACGCUGAAGAUAACUCGACGGUCCAUGCGGCCUGUUACUUUUGCUCGAGACUAUAAAUGGUUCUCACGGGACUCUCUUCAGGACGAACUAGCCAUUGGUGAUGAAGACCGUCAUGAUUCGCCUUCCGACCCUUCUCCUGAGUGUACGGUUUGGUUUUACAAACUCAAUUCUGGGAUACAUACGCAGAUUUUGAGAAAGAAGGUCAACUUCUUCCAAAAAAAUAGCUGGACAAUCCACGGACUUUGGCCCGACUUUUGUGACGGGAGCUUCACGCAAUACUGUGAUUUAUCAAGACAGUUUAACCCAGCACCAUCGCCUAACACCACUAAUAGUCUACCGGACAGUACUGUAGUCCCUCCGUACCACGGACCUGGAGUGGAUACAUUUAUUGUUGACUUUGGUCGAUUUGACCUACUUGAUUAUACAAGCAUUGCUCACGAGUUUUCAAAACAUGCAACAUCCACAUCUACCUUCGGUAUCGCCUGCUACGCAAACUACAAAGAGCACGAGGAUGUAAUCAACUUCUUCGAUGCAGUUGUCUGCGCAUUUCAUAUGUUUCUAACGUACAACAUGCUCGCCGGCUGGUGUCAUUUCCUCAAACAGGACAACAUCCUAAACGAAAUGUGGCAUUUCUCACACGUAAUUGGAACCGAGCAGUACGGGCGCUUCAAACCCGUUGAUUCGACAAUUGCGUUAAUGUGUUCCGAACAGGGAAUUCAUUACCUUGAACGCACACCUACUUUGCAAUGGGACGUACGAGUGGAUCCCUGA